ACAAAAAGUCAAAAAAAAAAAAAAAACUCAAUGUUUUGGUUAUAGAGAAUUAUUUUGUUAACUUAAAGUAAUAUAAAUAGCAUUCUUUAAUUAAGUUCAAUGCUUUUAUUACAUUGGUCUUAAUCAGAAGUGAAUUAAAACGAUAUUAAUUUAUUAAAUUUCUUUUUUAUUAAUAUAGGUGCGUCUUUAUUUAAUUUUCGAACGGUGCAUAACCUCAAAAAAUAUGUACAUAAGAGUGAGAACAGUGGAUGGAAAAAAGGAACAAAUUUUAACUGUUUCUAAAUUAACAUUUAUAGAAGAUUUAAAGAAUGAAAUUAAAAAAUCUUUUGACAUUGAACCUAAACUACAAAGAUUGUUUUAUCGUGGAAAACAAUUGGAAAAUGGCUAUAAACUUUUUGAUUAUAAUGUUAAUGUCAAUGAUGUAAUAUUGUUAAAUGUGAAAAUAAAUGUUGACAAUGUGCCAGUAAAAUCUGAUUCUAAAGUACAAGAGAAAAAUGAUAUUGUUGAUAUACCAGAGGAAGUGAUUAUCGAUGUUGAGAGUUUAUUUUAUAAAAUUGGAGAUGCAAUUGAUUGUAUUGAUCAAAUUUGUGGUGCUUGGUAUGAAGCAAUUAUUCAAAGGAUAUUUAAUAUGAAUGGAAAAAUACAAUAUCAAGUAAAAUGGCAAUUUGGCGAUCGUGAAGAGCCAUUUGUUGUUGAGGAGAAUUUUAUAAGACCACGUGCAUAUAGAAUUAUAAAUUUUAAUGAUCUUAAACGAGGUCAAAAGAUAAUGAUCAAUUACAAUAUUGAAGAACCAAAAGAAAUUGGAUUUUGGUACGAUUUUACAAUUCAAAAAAUAUCGCGAUCAAUUAAAUCCAUAACAGGAUCACUUCAUAUUGGACGAGAUUAUGAGACUGUAAAAAAUUGCAAAGUUCAUCCUCGAAUGGAUGAAAUAUUUGCAAUAGAAGAACCAAAAUUCUUAAAGGAUAGAAAUAAAAAUUCGCCAAUAAAAUUGCAAAAUACGAGGAGAAGAUUACCGAUACAAUGUGAUAAUUGUAUGGAUGAUUUAAAACAAAAUUGUACUAAAUGCGCUUGUAAAAUAUGCGGUGAACGAGGAAAUCCAGAAAAUAUUUUACUUUGCGAUGAAUGUAAUGGGGAAUAUCAUCUUCAAUGUUUAAAUCCACCACUUUCUAAAGUGCCCGAGGAAGAUGAUUGGUAUUGUCCAUCGUGUAAAAAUGAUGAAAACGAAAUUGUCAUGGCUGGCAAUAAAUUGAGAGAUUCAAAGAAGAAAAAAAAUAGAAUCGCAGCAAAAGAAGAUAGAAAAAAUAAAGAUAGAGAAAAAAGAGAUUGGGGAAAAGGAAUGGCUUGUGUGGGUCGAACGAAACAUUGUACGAUUGUACCGGAAAAUCAUAAAGGUGCAAUUCCAAAUGUAGAAGUUGGCAUGUGCUGGCGCUAUAGAAUACAAGCAUCUGAGGCUGGUGUUCAUAGACCACCUGUUUCUGGAAUACAUGGACGAGAAAGUGAUUGCGCAUAUUCAAUUGUAUUAUCUGGUGGAUAUGAAGACGAUGUCGACAAUGGCGAAGAAUUUUAUUACACUGGUUCUGGGGGAAGAGAUUUGACGGGUAACAAAAGAACGGCAGUUCAAAGUUGCGACCAAGUUCUAACUUUGUCGAACAAAGCAUUGGCAUUAAAUUGUAACGCAGAAUUCGAUUCCACGAGAGGUGCAACGUCUGACGAUUGGAUGAAUGGAAUACCUGUUCGUGUUUUGCGUUCUUGUAAGCUUGCCAAGCAUAGUAAAUUUGCUCCAAAAGAAGGCAUUAGAUACGACGGUCUUUAUAAGGUAGUGAAAUAUUAUCCCGAAUUGGGAAAAAGUGGAUUCAAAGUUUGGCGAUAUUUCUUAAGACGUGAUGAUCCUACACCAUCACCGUGGACAGAGGAGGGUAAAAAAAGAAUUGAAUCACUUGGCAUAGAAAUGAUUUAUCCUGAUGGUUAUUUAGAAUUUCAAAAAACAAAAAAGAAUUCUAUUAAAAAAAAACGUAAAGCAAUUACAAAUAAUGAGGAACAAUUUAAUAAUAAGAGGACAAAAUUGGAGAAUUAUCAAUUGGAUGAUGUGAUUUGUAAAAUUAUCAAAAAGGAUAAAUUAAAUAAGAAAUUUUGGGAGGAAUUUUGUUUACGUUCUUUUAAGAGUAGAAUUCAAUUUUUAAAAGACGUCACAGACACAUUUACAUGCGUAUGUUGUCAGGAGCUUGUUUUGAAACCAAUAACUACACCAUGUACUCAUAACACGUGUUUGACAUGUUUAAAACAAAGUUUUGAAGCCGAAAUAUAUUCAUGUCCCCAUUGUCGCUUUACAUUGGGUGCCAAUUAUAAAAUGGAUGUGAAUAAAAAUUUAUCGGUUAUUUUAGAAACUCUAUUUCCGGGUUACGAGAAAUGUAGAUAAAAUAUUAAAAAAGAAUGUGUUCAGAAGUUACAUGUCAUAUAAUGUAUUUAUUUAUGUAUUUAAAAAAUAUUUAUUAAAUUUUUUACAAAUA